AUGCAUGGCCUAGGCGACCGGUGUGCGAAGGAAGGGCGGAGUUUUGCGGAGCGGCGAUGCUGGUUGGACGUUGUUGAAGCCAAAGGAAACUACAACAGCGUUGCUGGCACCGUCAAGGAGACCAUCGGCAACCUGACCGGCUCCACCGACUGGCAGACCACCGGCAAGGAGCAGCACGCUAAGGGCGAGAGCGAGAUCAAGGCGGCCGAGGCCAAGGGCUACGCCGAGGGCACCAAGGACCAGGUUUCGGGCAAGAUCGACAACGUCGUUGGCGCCGUCACCGGUGACAAGUCCAAGGAGAUGUCCGGCAAGGCCCAGCAGGAGUCUGGCAAGGCCCAGAAGGAACUCAACUCCUAA